AUGGCGUGCACCCUGGGCCCAGACCCACGCGGGGCCGGCGGCGGGCACGAGAGGCCCAGCUGGGACAACAGGCUGCAGUACCUCCUGAGUUGCAUCGGCUUUGCCGUGGGCCUGGGCAACAUCUGGAGGUUCCCGUACCUGUGCCAGACGUACGGGGGAGGGGCCUUCCUCAUCCCCUACUUCGUCGCCCUGGUCCUCGAGGGAAUCCCACUCUUCCACAUCGAGCUGGCCGUCGGCCAGCACCUGCGGACAGGCAGCGUCGGGGUGUGGAAGGCCGUGUCGCCCUACCUGGGCGGAGUGGGGCUGGGCUGCCUCACCGUGUGCUUUCUGGUCAGCCUGUACUACAACAUCGUCCUGACGUGGGUGCUGUGGUAUUUCCUCAACUCCUUCCAGAACCCGCUCCCCUGGGGCUCGUGCCCGCUGGACCUCAACCGCACAGGGUUCGAGGCAGAGUGCCAGGCCAGCAGCCCCGUGAGCUACUUCUGGUACCGGCAGACGCUGAACGUCACGGCCGACAUCAGCGACAGCGGCUCCAUCCAGUGGCGGCUGCUGGCCUGCUUGGCCGCGUCCUGGGCCGUCGUGUACCUGUGUGUCAUCAGAGGCAUCGAAUCCACGGGGAAGGUAAUUUAUUUCACAGCCCUGUUCCCUUACCUGGUCCUGACAAUCUUCCUUAUCAGAGGACUCAGCCUGCCCGGGGCGGUCAAAGGGUUAACGUACCUGUUCACGCCAGAUGUGCGGAUUCUCCUGAGCCCCCGCGUGUGGCUGGAUGCAGCCACACAGAUAUUCUUUUCCCUGUCCCUGGCCUUCGGAGGACACAUCGCUUUUGCGAGUUACAACCCGCACAGGAACAACUGUGAGAAGGACGCAGUGAUCAUCUCCCUGGUCAACAGCCUGACCUCCCUCUACUCGUCCAUUGCUAUGUUUUCCGUUCUGGGAUUCAAGGCGGCCAAUGACCAUGGGCGUUGCCUGGACAGAAACAUCCUCCGGCUCAUCAACGCGUUCGAGCUCCCGGACCAGAGCGUCAACAGGGACGACUAUGCUGCCGUCCUCACGCACCUGAACGCCACCCAGCCCGAGACGGUGGCCCAGCUCUGCCUGGAGACCUGCCGCCUGGAAGACUUUCUGGACAAGAGCGCCUCCGGCACGGGGCUGGCCUUCAUCAUCUUCACGGAAGCCAUCCUCCACAUGCCGGGGGCCCCCGCCUGGGCCGUGCUCUUCUUUGGGAUGCUGUUCACCUUGGGCCUGUCGUCCAUGUUCGGGAACAUGGAGGGCAUCAUUACGCCGCUCCUGGACAUGGGGGUCACGCACAGAUUCAUCCCCAAGGAGGUCCUGACCGGGCUGGCCUGCCUGGUCUGCUUCCUCUUGGCGAUCUGCUUCACGCUGCAGUCGGGAAACUACUGGCUGGAGAUUUUCGACAACUAUGCUGCGCCUCUGAACCUCAUGGUCUUUGCGUUCUUUGAAGUGGUCGGGGUGGCUUACGUUUACGGGGUGCAGCGGUUCAGCGAUGACGUAGAGAGCAUGACGGGGAGGCGGCCCGGCCUCUACUGGCAGGUGACCUGGAAGGUUGUCAGCCCGCUGCUACUGCUCACCAUCUUUGUGGCCUACGUUGUCACCCUGGCCCGGACGCCGCUCAGCUACAAGGCCUGGGACACCCAAUACGUGCGGUUCCCGUCGCGGCAGAAGAAGUCCUACCCGGGCUGGGUGCAGGCCGCCUGUGUCCUCCUGUGCUUCCUGCCUAUACUGUGGGUCCCGGCCGUGGCACUGGCCCAGCUGCUCGCUGCACACAGACGGAAGAAGGAUACCGGGCGGGACAGGUGCCCGAAGCUGUAG